UAGUAUAAAUUACGUCGGCUAUUUGUAUAUGUAUAGGGCAUUUUUUUUGGAUCCUCUUUUGACUGUCAGAAUUUUUACGUAAGAAAACUUCAGAUUCUAAAUUAAGUGAAAUUCAUACUUCUCCUGGAAUAUUGUAAAAUUGACACUGUAAUACCUUUUUAGAACAUAAGAAACUUCAAAAUACUUGUAGCUAAUAAUCAAACUGAUUUUUUUCUGUAUAAUAGCAACUGUUAUCACCCACAGAGUAAUAUAGUAUGGAAAAUCAAUGUCUUUUUUUUUUAUUAAUUUGUUCGCGUAAGGAUCCGGUAUUUCAUGUAACAGUUUAUUGAUAAUUCCCGGCGUUUCGUGAAUACGUUAGUUUGACAGUUUCCUGCUGUCUUCAGCCCUUUACAUAUACUUUCCAUACGUGAUUGAUAUUUCGGAUUUUGUAUUUGUAAAUUGGUAAUCUUAAGGAUGAAUUCCCGGGUACCGUAAAUUUCCCACACUGCAAUUAAUAGUAGUCUAGCCUUGUGUUAGAAUGAUGUGAACACUUUGAUUGUUGUGACGAUUUAUGUUUGCGCUGAACUCCAGUCUGUAAAACAAUAUUUUAAGAGAAUGUAAAAAUAUUGAAAGAGAAAAUUACUCAGAAUAAUAUGAUUAACCCCAAAUGGACACUGAGAUAUUAUGUGUUUGUAACUAUAGGAAUGCUGUUUCCUCUAUCAAAUUACUGCCUGUUAUACUGUCAACUAGUUUUCAAGUUUGCCAUAUUCCUAUGGAUCACCACUCGUUGUGAACACAUUUACUGUUAAGUGUUAACCACUGUAUGUCUCACACAUAGUAUUACGUUACGAAAGUGACAAAAGGUGUGAUAUUGUUUUGGAGGAUGUUCCGGUCUCGGUCCCCGGAGCAGCUGAAGACCAAGAAGACUGGGUCAUGGUAUCCAUGUUCAUCGAAUUCCAAAGGCCUCGCAGCAGGUGAUGUGGAAGUGGAUAACUCUAACACUGUGCUGGAGAAGUUGUCGACACUGUACGCAGAGCACCUCAUGAGCGAUGUGACUCUCGUGGUGUCAGGAGUUGAGUAUCCAGCUCACAGGCUCAUACUGUGUGCAUCCAGUGAAGUUUUCCAGGUGAUGCUGAUGAAACGAGAGUGGAGUGAGUCGCAGGAGCGUCGCGUCCGCUUGCAGGAGAGUCCGGCCUGUGCAGCAGUGUUCGCUAGCUUCAUGCGUUACUUCUAUACUGGCCAGAUACGCAUCAACCACAGUGUGGUUAUGCCUAUCCUCGCACUGGCUGACAAGUACAAUGUCAAGGAUCUGGUUGGACUGUGCACCAGUUAUAUGUGCACUCACACAGCACUUGCCGCAACGAACAAUCAUCUUGUCUCUUGGCUGCAGUAUGCCCUGAAUGUGGGUCACUAUCGAGUUGCACAGAUUUGUCAGAAUUUUGUCAAGUGGAACAUGGAACUUGUUGCUCGGUACUCUGACUUUGGCUCUUUUGAACCAGAAAUCCUACAGCUUCUGCUGCAACAGAAUGACAUAGUAGCACAUGAUGAAAUGGCAGUAUACAACUGUGUCGUUCGCUGGCUGGAUCUACAGGAGCAACGCCUUGCCGGCGAAGAGUCAAAGGAUGCGCAUAUGGAGCAGCUGGUGGUGGCCAUGAUGUCACAUGUGCGCUUUCCUAUGAUGUCGCCUCGUCAGUUGGCAGAGCUCCUGCUGUCCCCCCUUACCAAGAAGCACAAGGAGUUCUUCAUGGAGAGGAUGGCAAUUGGAAUGGCUUUCCAUUCAGGCCAGCAAGACAGAGUGCACGAAGUUGUGAAGAUGGAGGACGGCCGCAUGCUCUUCACUCCACGGUUGUACACUGCUGACACGUGGAGCACCCCGCUCUGUGUGGACAACUUCCAUGCCUUGCCCCCAUACCACGCACGCACACUCGUCUUCUCGUCGCGAGCGUCGACUGCGGAGCAUGCCGGUUCGCGUACGUCGGAGUGGGUAGUGGACCUAUACCCGAAGGGAGUCUGGUUCAAGAAAUGUUACCUAAUUGUCUGGCAAGGGACUGUGGAAGUACCUGAGCAAGUGCUCAGGACAAUUCGUGUGUCGGUGACAUGCCGUGACACAUGUCCGACACGCGUUUUGGUUGGCGUGCUUGUGCGGGGCCAACAGGACGGGAUUGAACACGUGACAUCCGUCUCGCAGCGUUACCACCGCUUCUUGGAUGAAGAGCGCGUUCUCAAUUUCGACAACCUGUUGCCUUUUGACUCUCUCAACCCUGGUGCGACAGCUCAUAUUGGUACUCCUUGUCCAGCAGCUAAGGUGACAUCUACCAGCUCGGCUCCAAACGCGACUUCUGCCAGUGCGGCUGCUAAUGCAGCUUCUACCAGCACUGGUUCAAAUGCGGCCUCUACCAGCUCUGCCACAAAUGCGUCUUCUUCCAGGUCGGCCGCAAAUGCUGGUUCUAGCAGGUCGGCCGCAAAUGCUGGUUCUAGCAGGUCGACCCCAAAUGCUUCUUCCAGCAGGUCAACGGCAAAUGCAUCUUCUAGCAGGUCAGGCGCAAAUUCAGCUCCUACCGGUUCAGCCGCAAGUGCGGCUUCCACCAGUGGGGCUAAAAGAGUGCCUCCCGGCCAUGGAGUUACAUACUUUUACCCCUGCAGCCACCGUAUGGCCACAUCACCGUACUUGAUCGGCCCAGAUCGCGACAAUUUCAAGGUGCACAUAAGUAUUGCUCCUCUGUCGGACGUCAGUUGCCUUACUCCUCCACCCUUCCCAGGAGGCCGUGGAUUUGCUUCAUGGGCUUCUGACUCCUAGCCCGACCCGAUACUCUACUGGAUAAGGUCACCGUGGUGGUGCACCUUGGACCAUGUGUUGGACUGUAACAGGUUGAACUGAGGGCUCUCUUUAUUUCUUAUGAAAAAUGGGAAAAGGGGUUGGGGGGGAGGGGUGAGGACAGCAAAUUGAUAUCCAUAUGGGAUGGGAGCACACAAAGUUAUUAUCCCUCACUGGUGUGUUGUUUGAAAUGAAUCCCUUCCAGAACAGUAAUAAAGACAUUAAGUGUUACUGUGAACUCCUAUUAAGCUUAGUGUUUGUGAAUUACAUACCAGAAGGGUCAAGAAGGGAAAGAGAGUACAAAUAUGUGAUUGCUGCUGUGUGGAAACCUUGUAACUGCAUUUGAGGGGAUUAUUGAUUUAAGAAAGAAGGCACUGUUGUAGAGAAUAGUGCAUCACUAAUUAUAGUGUAGUCCAGGGCAGAUGAAAUUAAAAAACUUUGUGAUUCUACAAUGUUGUAUUUUGACAGAAUGCUACAGACAUUUUGCAUUCGUGUGGGGUAAGAAAUAAUAGAUUGAUGUGGUAUUGCUUGUGUGUAGAAACACACAGUCUGCAGCUACGCUACAUGGUUACAUUUUGGUUGGUUAUUUUAAUGUUGUUUUUAACACAAACGUGUGUUAAGUUGUGUAAUUGUGUCUUACAGCAAAUGUAGCACUCAUUUUCCAUGUGUUACAUAAAUCAAAAAUCUGAGGAGGAGUUUUCAUUGUUACAAAGUCAACACUAUGCUUCUGGUAGCCAUUGCUGCAUUUUGUUGCGCUUAUCAAAGGUCAGGCAGAAAGUCGUGCACAAUCAAUCAUUCUUCUGUGAGAGAUAAUCUGCUAGGGCUGGAGAAAUGUUCUAUUCAUGGCCUAGCACUGCUUCUUUUGUAAUGUUGAUACAAUGCCAUGUGGCCAUCUUUCUUUCCAAAGCAUUAAUAUGUGGUUGUAAAACUUCGUUGGCCAUUAUUUUUCCAUGCAUACGAAGUAAUCUUCAUAAUCUCAAAACCAUUUUUCAUGCAAAUAAUUGUUCCAUCAUCCAGGUGGAUAACAAUCUCAUGUAGCUUGCUUAUUAUUGUAGGGGAGAUGUGACACCACUGCCCAUCGCUCAUCAGCAGUCCACAGUCGUUUGUGGCAAAUGUUGACAGUUGGCAUUGAAUGUGUUGCUGCUGCCUUGCCAAAACCUCCAGUGUCAUCAAAAUAUUUUCCUUUGAUUGACUGCAUUACACACAUGGACUGUCAACGGCAUGCUGAGUAACCCCCAGAUCUGUAGAGAAAUUCAGUCUCUGCACAUCAGCAGGUGCCACAUUGUGUGGUGGCUUUCUCCAGGAGCAGAAAAUAGAUAUAAGGCAAAGGUGUUUGGUGGGAAUAGCCAAUGAUUAGUAGUUGCAAUGUUUCUUUUUGUAGUGCUUCUCGUUACAGGAUUACAUUGGAUUGUCCGUUACUUUCACAUACCUUGGUGUAUUUAUUGUUCUAGCUGUCUUACCUCAGUGAUUGUAGUAUUGAAAAUGGUCAUUUACUAUUGAUUUUUCAAAAUAUUGUCUUGAACAGAAGGUAAAAUAAUUUCUGUAAAUGAGUUUUAUGUGCAAUGUAUAUAUUUUUCUGAGAUAAUUUCAGCAAAAUAUUAUUUAGUUUAACAAAUGUGAAUGUCAAAUGUAAAGGUAUUAUAAAAACUGUGUUAAUUUGCUUGCAGCCAUAAUGUUAUUUAUUGUUCUUUUUAAAAAAAUCUUGCCAAGGAUUUGUGACAGUUCGUAACUGUUUUGACAUGAAGAUCACAACUGGUAACUGUUCAUUCUGCAAGUGUUGCAGAAUGAGGCGAGCCAUUUGUUGACUCGUGGACUCUCACAGACCUUCAGUCUGCGGUGAAGUGUGACCCCGUUUGUUUUGGUUAUUUUCUGGGUGGCACAUUCUGUUCAGAAACAUAAUUAUUGUUGUAAGUGUCAGCAGAGCUUUAUGAAUAUAUUUCUUGGAUCACAUUGUUUGGUGUCAUUUGUCUAUACAAUUUAGCAACUGGCCAAAAGGUAUAUUUUUUGGGCAUGAAAUUAAUUUUAAACGUGUUGUGACCAGUAUGAGACUAUUAUCAGGAAUUUCUUAUGGAAGCAGUUCACAUAACAAGGACCAGUGUCUGUGCGGCCCUGCCUAUAUCCUUUGAAUUUGUUCUAGAUGUCUCACACCUGUUCUUCACACGAUUUGGACCUUCAGUCCUGUUAGCACGGUUUUUGCUUUUAAAAAUUAUUAUCAGGUGUUAUAAUCUUGUGCUUUGUGUUAAGAGUGUAACAUGAUUAUAUCUUGUAUAACUGUUAAAUUGUUUAGAGAAAUGUGUCUCAUCAAAGUUGGGCCUGCAUAUGCAGUGUUGCCUGAAGGCUACACAUCGUUCAAGUGUGCCCUUACACACAAAAAUAUGAGGCUACCAUAAAAGUAACAAAAUUUUGACAUCAGCAGAUGUUCACUCUCCAGAAAGUAGGGGAAAAAAGAGAGUCCUCUGUGUUGUGUUAUCGGUGUAUUGUAUUGUCCUACACUUUCCUUCUGUUUGCUACCAGUUUGUUUGAGGACAAAUUAAACACUACAUUAAGAAGUCUAAAAUUAAUUUUCAUGAGUGAUUUUAGCAGAAGUUGGUAGUUGCCGGGGAACAUUUGUACAGAUAUGUCAGUAAUUGAUCUACUUCUGAACAACUUAGUCAGAAUUGAGAAACUUAUCCAAGCUUUUCUAUUGUCAUUUUGAUGGCUGAAAAUGUUGACCAGAGCCGAAUUCCUUUACGAGUAACUUCUCCUUUUGUUCUCAACCGUAGAUUUGCAAGCAGCAGUUCUUGUUCUCCAUUUGUCCCAAUCUUCUGCAAGUCUCUUCAGUUCAGAGCAUGUUGUUAGUUUCAGAUCUUGUUUUUAUCUGCCUAGGUACUAAAGCUUUGGUCUCCUCGGCGCAUUCUUCUCGGGCAUUUUUCCUUCAAUUGAUUUCACAUUGAAGGGACAAUUUAUAUGAGUCCAACAAACUGGUUCCUUGACAGUCCUCCCCAAUGACCUUCCUCUCCCUAUUUUCAUUGGUCAUUCUCUCUGCCCGUGAAAUUUUUAGCAUUCAUACAUGACAUGAUGCAUCAAAAGCCUUUUCCCUUAUGGCUCCCCUACUGUUGAUGUCAGUGACGCACGCAGGGUUACACUCCAAACAAAAAUUUUUGCAUAUGAUAUCUUGAUGUUUAGACCAACAUUUUUCCGUGUUAUUAGCUUCUCUUUCUUGUUGAAUGCUGUUUUAGCCUGUGCUAUUCUGCAUUUAAUCUCGCUUCAUAAUAUACCAUCUUAUUCUACCCUACUGUCAUCAUUAUUUCUCUGCUCCAAUUUCCUGGGUGUGAUGUACACAUCCUGUCAUCGUAGACCUCCUCUUCCAGACAUCUUCCCACUGGAAUCUUCUCUGAUUUCACUGUAUGUAUUCAGCAUUUUCUGGGCAUUCCACAAAGUCUUUUCCUUUUGACAUUUAUUCUGAAAUAUUUCCUGGCUGGUCUUCCAUCAUCAAUUCUUGUAAUGUGUCCACACCACCGCAGUCUGUGUUUCUUAAUUUCACUUGUAAUAGGGUCUUCGGCUACAUUCCUCGUCACCUCACAUACAAUCUUGUCCUAUUUAGUAGUUUGGUUCAUAGUUCCUGUGAAUCUCAUUUGAGUCUGUAAGUGCUCCUGAAGUCUCCUCCCCCCCCCCCCCCCCCCAAAUAGGGUACAUCCCUCUAAACCAUAAGUGAGAAUUGGCACAAAUUACGUGUGGCACAUACGGUCCCGUAGAAGGUUUCUGAUUUACAUUUCCUGGUUAAUAGUGUUGUCCUUGGAAGCUUUGCUUCAUAAUGGGAAAACUAAUUCUAAUUCCGCCCUUUUCCAAAUGUAAGUUCGAGCUUGUUACUUCCCUGUUGUUUCUAAGGUCUUGGUAUAGCUUAUCUUCAGGCCAAAAUUUUUAAAUAUACGGUUUCAUUCUGUCAGCUUUUUUUACACCUCAUCUUCUGUUUCGUCAGCAAAUACUAGGGUAUUGGAUUUAUGGUCCAUUUAAUCUUGUCCAUUACUAUUUGAACAAGAGUGGCAAUAGGGCAGUUUCUUGCUGGACAUCUCCUUGUCUCGGACCAUUUACAAUUGUGCACUGUGUGUCUGGACACAGCUGUAGCAAUUUUGGUUACUUUUUCAGUUAAGUACUUUGGCAGCUUGAGAGCUUCCAGACUUUCUCAGAUCUUGUUUUGAAGAACACUAUUGUAGAUUUUUUCAUUGUCCAAAAAUGCAGUCAAAAACUCAUUUCAUGUUCACAAUACUCUUGUCAACAUCUGUACUGCAAAAAUGAGAUCCGUGGUUCUGUGAUUCUUCCUGAACCCAUAUUGCUCCUACUUGAGUAGAGCUACAUCUCUAUUCUUAAGUCCUUUUUUUCCAUCGUCUUUUCUAAUAGCUUUAGGAUAUGUGACAGUAGUGUUAUGCCCCUGAACAGUGGAGUGAUGAAUCAUUUUGUCCAGUCUUCUGGGAUUAUGUUUUCUUUCCACAUUACUGAGAGCACUGUACAUAGCCAAUUUAAGCCUGUUACUCCAGCUGCCUUUAUCAUUUCCAAGCUUAGAUCAACAUAACCUGGUUACUUACAAAUAUAUAUGUUUUUUAGUCCAGUUUCAACUUCAAGCCAAGUUAGGUGGUGUUCAUCAUUUUACGUGUCUUUUACUGCAGGGUCAGUUGUGGAUGGGUAGCUCCCAUCUCUGUUCAGCAACAUAUGAAAAUAUCUCUCUUUAUUUCAUCUCCCAUUCCUUCCUCUGUUCUUAUUAAGCUUCCAUUGUCUUGUUUCCAGUGCAAAGAUAUUUACAUAUUCACUUCCUUUAUUCUACUACUUAGGUACUUAAACCUGGUGACUUGCUUCAGAUUCUCUCCAUCCAGGUGUAGUUUUGCUACUACUGGCUCUAUACUUGAGGGUGUUUUAAAUGUUUUGACGAUUUCAAAUUUGACUAAGACAUAAGCUAAUAGCAAAACAAAGUUGAACCAUUUACACCAGAUAGAAUAUUUGUCCAAGUUUACUUAUGAAAUGCUACAUCAGACAAAUUACAACCAUGCACAAAUAUACAAUAUUCAAGGUGUUUCACCCAGGUUUUUGGACACACAUCUCAUAACUGCUGAAGAAAUUCUGGAAACGUUAUUGUGAAUUUGACCUCUUAACUGUUGUAAGCUUCUUGGUUGUUCUGAAUACACUGUGCCUUCAACUAACCCCAUAGCUAAAAGCCUGGCACCAAGUUCAAACCGGUUUCCGAGGGCUGGUUGACUUUAGAUUUAAUGUACUGCCAGUUGCACAGAAACUUCUUACUAAUUUCAAUAUUGUUCCACAAGCAGGAAUUUGAGAUGGAAGUUGAAUCUUGAAAUUCUUAUGAGAGGCAUGUUGCAUGACAGAUUUGCUGUAGCAAAAAUAACACUCCACCACAAAUGCACUCUACCAUUACGAUAUGAUUAUUUACCUGUGCAUGGAAUGAAACUUCGACACUAUGCUCUACUUAUAGAUGGCGCCACCAUCAUUGUAUCUUGUUUUCAGAUUAGAAGUUUGACACCUGUUGUGUUAUGGUUGUAAAGCUGUUAGAUUAUUUCGCUGCUGUUGACAUUCAACUUAAUGGACAUUAAACUUUCCAUCGUUUUAGUCCAGUCUAUAUCAUCGGAAGCCUUUUCUGAGUUAUUAAACUGUGGAAAUUGAUGUGAACAAGGUCAUUGCCAUGAGAUAUACAAUCAGACAGCUCCUAGCACAAAAUCUGCAGAAAAUAUGUUGUGCACUGCGCUUUUCUGUGGAUCAGCACAGUUCCUUCACAGAGUGGUUGUGUGUCUUCAUCAGUGUGCCAUAUUCUACCUUUCAGGGUCAUCACAACAGCCCCAUUAGAUCAUC